AUGGCUCCAAAAUUAUCCGGUGCAGCUUUCAAAAAAUUAAGAGAAAAAAAAAAAGAAACUCAAGAAUCACUUUCAAAAACAAUGAAUACCUGGCUAUCUAAACCUAAAGUAGAUCUACCAUUAAACCACUUAGACCCAGAUAAUCAUAUUUCUUUACCUAUCUCUUCUAAAUUAGUAGAACUAGAAGAAAAUCAAGUAGAAAAACUUCAAACACUUGUGGACUAUCCUCAUAAUAUCAAAGACCCAAAACAAAAAAAAAAUUUAGAUUUGGAAGUUGAAGUUCAAAACAAAACUUCUGAAGUUAUAUUUUUAAAUCCCGCCACUAAACAAAUCGAUGAUAAUAAUGACAUUCAAUCUUUAUCUGAUGCAAUAUCACAACCUGAACCUACUCCUCUUAUUUCACUCCUAGAAUCACCAUGUGAAAUUAAAUUGUCAGAAAAUUUUGAUUUCGAAGAUCCAGUUACUUGGCCAUUAAUUAAUGAUAAAUUUCGUACAUUCAUAGUAGAACACGGUCCAAAGUUAGAAACUUACAAAAACUACAAUUUUCCACUUGAUGAAACUGGUAGACAUUUUCAUGAAAAAUGGCUUUUCAGGACUUUACCAAAUGGAGAAGAAAAUGCAAUAAAAUCUGAAAAAGAAAAGUGGAAAGCUAUUUUAAAAAUUUUGUUUGACGUUAUUUUAUUUUGUGCGAAAAAUAAUCUCGCUCUUAGAGGUACUGAUGAACGAAUUGGAAAACCUAAUUGUGGUAUAUUUUUGAGUACACUUGAAUUGUUAAGUCAUUAUAAUCCAAUUUUGGCAAAGCAUAUUGAAGAAGUAAACGAUAAGAAUAAUGUUAUCAGCUAUUUUUCUCCUCAAAUUCAAAACGAAAUAAUUUCACUUCUUGGAAAAUCAACUAGGGAAAAACUGUUAAAUCGUGUUAAAGAAUCAAAAUAUUAUUCAAUUAUGUUUGAUUGUACACCUGAUGUGUCUCAUAAAGAGCAAAUGUCCCAGGUUUUAAGAUACGUGUACAUUUCUAACGGCACUGUUUCAGUUGAAGAAACUUUUAUAGACUUUAUGGAAAGUCACGAAAAAACUGGCGAAGGAUUAUCUUUAGAAAUCAUAGAAAAAUUAAAUAAAGAUGAUUUAAAACUAAGCAAUUGUAGAGGACAGAGUUAUGACAAUGCUGCCAACAUGUCUGGAAAGUAUAAAGGUGUAAAAACACGUAUUAUGCAAAUUAAUAAUUUAGCUGUAUAUGUACCAUGUAAUGCUCAUAGCUUGAAUUUAGUUGGCAAUGAUGCCGCUAAAGUAUGUGUACGUAUGAUAACGUUCUUUGACACAGUCCAACAAAUUUUUAACUUUUUUUCAUCCUCAACAAGCAGAUGGACAACUUUAAUGAAAUGUAUUAAUAUUUCAUUAAAAUGUACUAGUGCCACGCGGUGGUCUGCAAAACAAGAUUCUGUAUCAGCACUUAAACGUAAUUUAAAAAAUGUAUAUAAUGUUCUAAAAGAAAUGUCAGAAAACCCAAAGUUACCUAAAGAGGUAAUUCUUGGAGCAACAAAUCUUUUGAAACAUCUUGAUUUUAAUUUUUUUUGCCUACUGGAUUUAUGGAAUGAAAUAUUAACAACAAUUAAUCGCGUUAAUUUAGCUUUACAAAAGAAAAGUUUAACGAUUGAUAGCGCAACCAAAAUGGUUAAAGGUUUAAUCUUAUCAGUACAAACAAUGCGAAAUGAAGGAAUUGAAAAAACAAUUGAAUUCGGUAAAGUGAUUGCAAAUGAUCUCGGUAUUAAAGCAAAUUUUUCUGAUAAGCGAAAGAGGAAAGUGAAAAAAUUAGAUUUCGAGAUAAUUGAAGAUAAUGUGCAAGUUCUAUCUCAACAGAAUGAAUUUAAAAAAGAUAGUUUUGAAGUUUAUGAUCGAAUUCUUACAGAGUUAAGCAAUCGAUUCGAAAAUAUGUCAGAAAUUAAUGAAAAUUUUGGAUUUUUGUAUGGUAGUAGCUUGACGGACCACUCUAUGGACUAUAUACAAAAAUGUGCAGCUGACUUAUCUCUGAAGUAUGAAACCGAUCUAAAUUCUUCCGAUUUUAUCUCUGAAAUAAAAGAUUUUAAGUCUCAAGCAUUUUCUCUUUUACCUGACUUAAGAGCCGCAACACCUUUAGCCCUACUACAAUUAAUUACAACAUAUUCUUUGCGUGCUGAAUAUCCAAAUGUCGAAAUAGCUUUACGCAUAUUUUUGACUUUGCCAAUAACUGUGGCGACGUGUGAAAGAUCAUUCAGUAAGUUAAAGCUCAUAAAAAACUAUUUGAGGUCGACUAUGGGACAAGAUCGAAUAUCUGAUAUGGCUAUUUUAUCUAUUGAACAUACAGUGGUAAAUACUUUAGAUAUAAACAAACUUAUUGAAGACUUUGCUGGGAAAAAAGCUAGAAAAAUUGCAAUUUAA